AUGGCUGGCACGGGUGCAUUAAGCCCGUUUAUCAAAGACGAGCCCGAUGAUCAAUUCUUCUCUUCUCACAACCAAAGAUUCAUGUCGAACCCACAAAGCUUUGGUCUUACGCAGACACACUUCAAUCAAUUCGGCUCACAUGGAGGCAGCAUCAAUCCCAAUGAUUUGAAUGUUGGCAGCAAUGCCAUGUCUAUUCCAAACAGUGGAUACGGCACCUCGUUCCAGAACAACUUUACUCAGCCAUCGAACCCAAGCGCAAGCUUCUCAAAGGGCAUCUCAACUUUUGGCGAUGACGAAUUGCUAGAUAGUCUAGACACCUUGAACACUCACGGUGGCAUGCAGAACGGAGGUCAAGACUUCGGCAUGGAAUUCGACUUUAACAACGGACACAACAUCUAUGCAAGCAAUAAUGGAAAUGGCUUGGCUGUUGACCCAAACAUGAAUGGCUAUUCGAAUACUCCAGAUGGCGAUCCUAUCCAGAGUCCCUUUGUUCACAAUUUCAACCAUGCGCAAUUUAGACAUAUGCAGACCCAACACAACUUUGGCUCGUCGCUGCAGUCCCCUGCUUCAUACGCAGGUUCGCCGUUAAGCGGUGCGGAUUUGCACAAUGGAGCUGGAGACAGCAACUUUACCAAGCAACAACGGCCAAGAUUGAGUCAAGUGGGAUCUGGAAGAAGGCAAUCGAGCACUAGAAGUCCACUGACACCGAAAACUCCUGUGAUAUCAUCUCUCAAUAUUGGAUCAACAGAUCACUCGAGCUUUCCUUCUCAGCCGAUUCGCACCAAUCAUGUCCACCGACACCAAAAAACCUCAUCUAAUCAAUGGGAUCAGCCACCGAAUAGCCUUGGUUCCUUCCCAGGCUCCGAGUUCGGUUCGCCUAUCCAAGGAGUUCAUCCAAAUCCUCAAAUUUCCGACAUUCUUAAGGGUACUUCGAUGCCAACCAAACUCAACAAUGGCCACGGGACAGCGAAUGCACCUGGUUUACAAUCCCAAGAAAUGAAGAGAAGACGUCGACGGGAAUCACACAACCUUGUUGAGAGAAGAAGGCGAGAUAACAUCAACGAGCGCAUUCAGGAAUUGAGUCAUCUUGUUCCCUUGCAUCGACUUGAGGAUGAGAAGGUACGCAAGGCCAUUAUGAACAAUUCUCCUCUGUCGCCAAGCCUCACGGCUGUAUCACAACCACCAAAUGGAAUAAGCCCUCCCCAAGCUACCUCGGGCCUUGCUGGCCCUGGUGCCAGGAGAGCCACAGGUAAUAUUACUACCGGUAUUCCGAUCGAGGAGAAAGACAAGGGUCCAAAUAAGGGCGACAUUCUUAAUGGUGCCGUAAGCUGGACUAGAGAUCUUAUGUGGAUGUGUCAUCAUCAGGCUCAACAAAUGGAAGAUCUAGCCAAUCUCAUCGCUGAAUUGGGAGGAACAUGGCCAUACGAGAAAACUGAAGAUGAGAAGCGCAUGCAUACCGAAUUGAUGGAUGCUAUGACGAAGAAUGGUGAAGCUAGUUUCGAAUACACCAGACGUCCAGGUACAGGUUUAAGGGUACCUAAACAUACCGACUAUAGAGGUGAACCAGACCGUGGCUCCAACUUCUCUCAGCUCGACAACUCACUGAGCCCAGACAACCAUAGCAGUACAGAUGUUGGUCAAACUGGUAUGGGUGGUCCAGGUCAAUACUGGAGUGGACACAAUAGUGGAGGCAGCGGUCCUGGCUCUAUUGGUGGCUUCAAAGAAGAGGAUGAAUACAACAUGGAUCUCGGACAAUGA